AUGCCUCCGCGCGCGCCGCCCGCGCCCGGGCCCCGGCCGCCGCCCCGCGCCCCCGCCGCCGCCGGGGACGCGGGCCCCGACCCGAGGGCCGCCGGCGGGCCCGGGCUCCGGCCGCUCGCGCCGCGCCCUUGGCGCUGGCUGCUGCUGUUCGCGCUGCCCGCCGCCUGCUCCGCGCCGCCGCCGCGCCCCGUCUACACCAACCACUGGGCGGUGCAAGUCCUGGGCGGCCCGGCCGUGGCGGACCGCGUGGCCGCGGCACACGGCUACCUCAACUUGGGCCAGAUUGGAAACCUGGAAGAUUACUACCACUUUUAUCACAGCAAAACCUUUAAGAGAUCAACCUUAAGUAGCAGAGGCCCUCACACCUUCCUCAGGAUGGACCCCCAGGUGAAAUGGCUCCAGCAACAGGAAGUUAAACGCAGGGUGAAGAGACAGGUGCGAAAUGACCCGCAGGCACUUUAUUUCAACGAUCCCAUCUGGUCCAACAUGUGGUAUAUGCACUGUGGUGACAAGAACAGCCGCUGCCGGUCAGAAAUGAACGUCCAGGCGGCGUGGAAGCGGGGCUACACAGGAAAGAACGUGGUGGUCACCAUCCUGGAUGACGGCAUAGAGAGAAACCACCCCGACCUGGCCCCAAACUACGAUUCCUACGCGAGCUAUGAUGUCAAUGGCAACGAUUAUGAUCCGUCUCCACGGUACGAUGCCAGCAACGAGAAUAAACAUGGCACUCGCUGUGCAGGAGAAGUCGCCGCCUCCGCCAACAACUCCUACUGCAUUGUAGGGGUUGCAUACAAUGCCAAGAUUGGAGGCAUCCGAAUGCUGGAUGGAGAUGUGACCGAUGUGGUGGAGGCCAAGUCUCUGGGCACCAGACCCAAUUACAUCGACAUCUACAGCGCCAGCUGGGGGCCGGACGAUGAUGGCAAGACGGUGGACGGGCCCGGCCGGCUGGCCAGACAGGCCUUCGAGCACGGCAUCAGAAAGGGCCGGCAAGGCCUGGGCUCCAUUUUUGUCUGGGCAUCGGGGAAUGGCGGCCGUGAAGGGGACCACUGUUCCUGCGAUGGCUACACCAAUAGUGUCUACACCAUCUCCGUGAGCAGCACGACCGAGAACGGCCACAGGCCCUGGUACCUGGAGGAGUGUGCGUCCACCCUGGCCACCACCUACAGCAGCGGGGCCUUCUAUGAGCGCAGAAUCGUGACCACGGACCUGCGUCAGCGCUGCACAGAUGGCCACACCGGGACCUCCGUCUCGGCCCCCAUGGUUGCCGGCAUCAUCGCCUUGGCCUUGGAAGCAAACAGCCAGCUGACCUGGAGGGACGUCCAGCACUUGCUGGUGAAGACGUCCAGGCCGGCCCACCUCAAAGCAAACGACUGGAAGGUGAACGGUGCUGGUCAUAAAGUUAGCCACCUCUAUGGAUUUGGCCUGGUGGAUGCAGACGCCCUGGUCGUGGAGGCCAAGAAAUGGAUGGCGGUGCCCCCACAGCACACCUGUGUUGCCGUCACUGACAAGAGGCCCAGAAGCAUCCCGGUGGUGCAGACGCUGUGGACCAGCGCCCUGACCACUGCCUGCGCCGACCACACAGACCAGCACGUGGGCUUCCUGGAGCACGUGGUGGCCCGCGUUUCCAUCUCCCAUCCGCGCCGUGGGGACCUGCAGAUCCACCUGACAUCCCCCUCUGGGACCAGGUCUCAGCUGCUGGCGAAGAGAUUGCUGGAUCAUUCCAACGAAGGCUUUACAAACUGGGAGUUCAUGACCGUGCACUGCUGGGGAGAGAAGGCCGAGGGGGAAUGGACGCUGGAAAUCCAAGACAUGCCGUCCCAGGUCCGCAACCGGGAGAAGCAAGGGAAGCUGAGGGAGUGGACCCUCAUCUUGUAUGGCACCGCUGAGCACCCCUACACCACCUUCAGCGCCCACCAGUCCCGCUCUCGGAUGCUGGACCUCUCCGCCUCAGAGCUGGAGCCCCCAAGGACCGCCGUGUCACCAUCCCAGGCCGAGGUUCCGGAGGAAGAAGAGGACUACACAGGUGUGUGCCAUCCGGAGUGUGGGGACAAAGGCUGUGAUGGCCCCGGUGCAGACCAGUGCCUGAACUGCGUCCACUUCAGCCUGGGGAGUGUCAAGACCAGCAGGAAGUGCGUGAGUGCGUGCCCCCUGGGCUACUUUGGGGACACUGUAGCCCGCCGCUGCCGCCGGUGCCACAAGGGAUGCGAGACUUGCUCUGGCCGGGGCUCCACGCAGUGCCUGACCUGCCGCCGCGGCUUCUACCACCAUCAGGAUGUGAACUCCUGUGUGACCCUCUGUCCCGCCGGAUUUUAUGCCGACGAAAGUCAGAAAAACUGCAUUAAAUGCCACCCAAGCUGUAAAAAGUGCAUUGAUGAGCCAGAGAAGUGUACUGUCUGUAAAGAAGGAUUCAGCCUUGCCCGGGGCAGUUGCAUUCCAGACUGUGAGCCAGGCACCUACUUCGACUCUGAGCUCAUCCGAUGUGGGGAGUGCCAUCACACCUGCCGGACCUGCGUGGGGCCCAGCAGAGAGGAGUGCAUUCACUGUUCCCCAGGCUUCCACUUCCAAGACUGGAGAUGCGUGCCGGCCUGUGGUGAGGGCUUCUAUGCAGAGGACAUGCCAGGCCUGCCCCACAAGGUGUGCCGCAGGUGUGACGAGAGCUGCCUGAGCUGUGAAGGCUCCAGCAGGAACUGCAGCCGGUGUAAAGUGGGCUUCACACAGCUGGGGACCUCGUGCAUCACCAACCACACAUGCAGCAAUGCUGAUGAGACGUUCUGCGAGAUGGUUAAGUCCAACCGGCUCUGUGAACGGAAGCUCUUCAUCCAGUUCUGCUGCCGCACGUGCCUCCUGGCCGGGUAG